AUGCUUCCAGCCAGCAGACUUUCUACUAAAGCCCACAGGUGUGUGCGCGCCUGGAGGACCACACAGACAGAACAUGUGUGUCCUCAGCUCAGAAGAUGCUCCUCUGUGGCCCCCCGCAUCACCACGCACUACACCAUCCACCCCCGGGACAAAGACCAGCGCUGGGAAGGGGUGGAGAUGGAGCGGUUCGCGGACGAGGCUGACGUGGUCAUCGUUGGAGGGGGUCCAGCUGGUCUGUCUGCUGCCAUCCGCCUGAAGCAGCUGGCUCUGGAGCAGGAGAAGGAGCUCCGGGUGUGCCUGGUGGAGAAGGCCUCGCAGAUCGGAGCACACACUCUCUCAGGGGCCUGUCUGGAACCCAGCACACUCACAGAACUCUUCCCCGACUGGAAAGAGCGAGGGGCUCCCCUCCAUACUCCAGUGACUGAGGAUAUUUUCAGCAUAUUAACGGAAAAACACAGAAUACCAGUUCCCAUGUUGCCAGGGCUACCUAUGAGGAACCAUGGGAACUACAUUGUGCGCUUGGGAAAUGUGGUGCGCUGGCUAGGGGAGCAGGCUGAGGAGCUGGGAGUGGAGAUCUACCCAGGGUACGCUGCUUCAGAGGUUUUGUUUCAUGAAGAUGGAAGUGUAAAGGGAAUCGCAACCAAUGACGUGGGCAUCGCCAAGGACGGGUCUCCAAAGGAUGUGUUCGAGAGGGGGAUGGAGCUGCAUGCUAAGGUCACUAUUUUCGGAGAAGGCUGUCACGGACACUUGGCUAAACAGCUGUACCAGAAGUUUAAUCUCCGGGAGAACUGUGAGCCCCAGACCUACGUCAUCGGCCUGAAGGAGGUGUGGACCAUCGAUGAGAAGAAAUGGCGCCCAGGCCGAGUGGAGCAUUCUGUGGGCUGGCCUUUGAACAGACACACGUACGGAGGCUCUUUCCUCUACCACCUCAACGAAGGAGAGCCGCUGGUGGCCCUGGGCUUUGUGAUCGGACUAGACUACAGCAAUCCGUACCUGAGCCCCUUCAGGGAGUUCCAGCGCUGGAAGCACCAUCCCUUUGUGGCCCCCACCCUGGAGGGGGGCCAGCGCAUCGCCUACGGAGCCAGGGCCCUCAACGAAGGAGGCUACCAGUCCAUCCCAAAGCUGACAUUCCCCGGCGGCCUGCUGAUCGGCUGCAGUCCCGGCUUCAUGAACGUCCCCAAGAUCAAAGGCACGCACACAGCCAUGAAGUCUGGCAUGCUGGCAGCGGAGGCCAUCUUCCCCAAGGUCACGGCCGAAGACCUGGCAUCCGACACGAUAGGUCUGGAUGUGUCCGAGUACAGUGAGGCGCUGAAGAGUUCGUCCAUCUGGAAAGAGCUGCACGCGGUGAGGAACAUCCGACCGUCCUUCCACAACUACUUUGGGCUGUACGGGGGCAUGGUCUACACCGGCCUCUUCUACUGGAUCCUCCGCGGCAUGGAGCCCUGGACCCUCAAGCACUGCGGUCUGGACGCGGACCAGCUCAAACCUGCCAAGGAGUGCACGCCCAUAGACUACCCCAAGCCCGACGGGAAGAUCAGCUUCGACCUGCUCUCGUCCGUGGCUCUGAGUGGGACCAACCACGAGGGGGACCAGCCCGCCCACCUCACCCUGCGGGACGACAGCAUCCCCGUGGAGAGGAACCUGGCCCUGUUCGACGGGCCGGAGCAACGCUUCUGCCCCGCGGGCGUGUACGAGUACGUUCCCCUGGACACCGGAGACGGCAUGCGGCUGCAGAUAAACGCUCAGAACUGUGUCCACUGUAAGACGUGCGACAUCAAGGACCCCAGCCAGAACAUCAACUGGGUGGUGCCGGAGGGCGGCGGCGGCCCGGCCUACAACGGCAUGUAG